CCUGCUGGUUGGUUGAUAAUGGUAGACGUUGUGAGGGACAAUUUUGAGGAUCUUUUUCCAGAGAUCAAAGAAGCGAUCGAGCAAAGCGCUUUCGUAGCUAUUGAUACAGAGUUCACAGGCCUCUAUACCACUGAUGGUUCUCAGCCAAGCUUGUUUGAUGGUCCUGAAACACGAUACAAAAAAUUGAAGAAAACUGCUUCACAGUUUCUGAUCAGCCAGUUUGGAUUAACUGCCUUUGUUCAGUCCAAAGAUGAUUCCAACAGAUAUGUUGCACAUACAUAUAAUUUCUCUUUAUUUCCAAAUUCAUUUGGACCUUUAGAUGUCAGAUUUCUUUGUCAGGCAUCAAGUCUGGAAUUCUUGUGUCAGCAUAACUUUGACUUCAAUAAGUUUAUUUAUAAUGGAGUUUCCUUCUUAAAUAAUGACCAGUUGUUGCUAGUACAAAAGUUCCACAAAAAUCACAAUCUUUAUGAAAGUUUCCAGUCACAAACCCUAAGGAUCAUAGAUGACAAUGUUCUGACUGGAUACUGUGCAAGGCUGGAGGACUGGAUCUUGACAGCACAGGCUGGAGAUGAAAUUGAAUUUAACCUUGGCAGUUAUCAAGCUCAGUAUCUUCUUCUGGAGGAAAUAAGAACAAGAUUUAUCAAUGUCCACUGCACAAUCAAGAGGCAGUAUAAGAUGCUAAUUACAAAACUACCCAUAACAAACCUUGAGUCUGAUGGAGAGAGAAACACAGAUCUAAUUUCUCAAGAACAAGAAAAAAUCUUGAAUGCAUUGUUGGGGUUUUCCAAAGUUUUCCAAGUUCUAACAUCAUGUAAAAAGCCUAUUGUAGGACACAACGUUUUAACGGACUUGCUGCUAGCAUAUGAGAAUUUUUAUGAACAUUUGCCAGAGAGUUUUAAAGAUUUUAAACUGAAACUUCACAAAAUUUUUCCAGUGGUUUAUGACACAAAAUUGGUUGCCUUUGAAAUUAGUAGGAAUCCGGUCUUUUCACACUGUAACUUUUUUGAUGACACAAACUUAGAAAACCUUCACAAUUCGCUGUCAAGUAGUGACGCACAGUACUUUGCCCUUUUCGCACCCUCUGUGGUAUUUUCCGAAAAAUGUUACAGAUACCUCGACGAGAAAAUGCCUCAUGAAGCUGGGUAUGACUCAUUCCUCUCCGGUUUUGUUUUUCUUCGGAUGGCACAUAUGCUGGCAUAUAUGGGAUCAAGAAGGUCUCCCGAAGGACCGUUACCAUUUUCAAAAUUCCUUCGCGUGUUAAAGCCGUACGAGAAUCUAUUACAUUUGAGCAGAGCACAAGUACAAUAUGUGAACUUAGCUGGUGCGGACACACCCUCUAUUCGACCUCAAUGGCUUUACGUUACCUCCAAAGAAAAAACCAAGCCACUAAUUGCCAGGACAUUGGCUCAGGAAUUUGCACACUUUAGUUCCGUGGACGUCAAAAUUUUAGACUUGCAACACGCACUAGUAGCUGUCCCUCAUCGUAGAAAAGCAAGAGAGGUCUUGCGUACAUUUCGACACCACAAAACGCUCAGUGUAAGGCAGUACCACCCACUUUUAGAUUCACCUGAGAUGAAGGUGGCUCUGUGGUGUGGCGGAACUGCUGUGAUCUUUUCGGCUGUUGCGGUGUUUCUGUGGAAAUCGUGGACAUAGUUAAUUUAUUUUACCAGUCAGAAACAAGUUAUCACUGAAAUUCUGUUAAUUUGGUCUGUUUCUUUUUUAUUUUAUUCUAAUGUAAAGUAAAUAAAUUGCGGACACAGCUAAUAAAA